AUGUCCUUUAAUAAUUCUUCAGCUAGUGCUAAUCCUUAUUACCGCUACGCGGUACUAUUCUUUGUCAUUAUUUUCGCUUUCAUGCAAAACUUUGGCACUCAAUAUUUUAAAGCUUUCGUUGUCCUUUACAUAUUAGCAUUUUUAUUAGCAAGCGAUCAAUUUAAAGCACCAUUAAAAUUUAUAUAUUCCUGCUUUUUAAAACCAAUUGGAAAUAAUGCUGAUCAGAGAAGUCGCUUAGAUUCGUUUUAUGAGGAUCAAGCAGAAGUUUAUGAUGCUACACGUGGCCGUCUUUUACGCGGAAGACUUACAAUGUUAAAGCUUACUUCUGGACAUCUCAAGAAACAAAUGACAAAUACGUCACGUAAGCCAAUUUGGAUUGACAUCGGAGGUGGAACUGGUUGGAAUAUUGAAAAGAUGAAUGAUUUCUUCCCAAUUGAACAAUUUGACAAAGUCUAUCUGGUAGAUUUAUGUGCGCCACUAUGUAAAAUAGCGGAAUCCAGAUUCCAUGCUAGAGGAUGGAAUAAUGUUUAUGUUAUUUGUGAUGAUGCAGCUUCGUUUAAACUCCCAGAAAUUGAAAAUGAUAUUGGAAAAAUUGAUUUGGUAACGAUGUCUUAUUCUUUAUCAAUGAUUGAUAAAUUCUACCCAGUAAUUGAUCGAAUUAAAAAACUACUAUGUCCUGAUGGUUUAUUCGGAAUAGCGGACUUUUAUGUUUCUUCUCGUGUGAUUAGUGAUGAUAUACAAGUUCAACAAGGAACACUAAGUCGUCAUUGCAACUGGUUUACUCGAUGGUUUUGGCAAAUUUGGUUUGAAUUUGACCAUAUUAACCUACAUCCAUGUCGUCGUGACUAUGUUGAAUAUCAAUUCGAUACAAUAAAAAGCUUUAACGGACGCAACCAUUUCCUAAUUCCUUAUUUGGUCCAGAUUCCUUAUUAUGUUUGGUUGGGUACUACCAAAUCCUCGAAUUCUGCCUCCCAUGUUAAUUUAAAUCCUAUAGAAACUAUUUCAUUGGCUUCUUCGGAAAAGUCUUCCAAAAUUUCUGCUGGAUCCAUCUCAAAUAAGUCUUCUGCAAAUAGCCCAGUUUGGCGUCAACCUUAUAACCCUAUUUUACCGCGUCACACUCAAUUUAAUACUUAUAUUUAUGCGUUUACGUGGGAAGAUCCACGCGAAGAUCUGAAAGUACUUAAUUUGAGUGAAGAUGAUAGUAUGCUAGUUAUUACUAGUGCUGGAGAUAACUUAUUAGAAUACGCUUUAAGAGCAAAUCCCAAACGGAUACACUGUGUAGAUCUUAACCCAUGUCAGAACCAUUUACUUGAACUGAAACUUGCGGGUAUCAGUGCAUUAAACUAUAAAGACUUUUGGAGUUUAUUCGGAAAAGGUAAACACAAGCAAUUUGAACACUUGCUUGAUACACAACUUUCUCCGUACCUAAGUUCACAUGCCUACCAAUUCUGGAAAAACCAUUCCAAAACAUUUCAGAAAAACUUUUUCCGUACGGGUUCCUCGGGUAUCGCUUUGCGACUCCUACAUUUAAUCAUAACUUUAAAGGGUCUUUCACGUGAUGUGGCAUCGCUUUGUCAUGCAAGAUCAAUAAAAGAACAAAAAAAGAUCUAUGACGACAAAAUCCGACCUGCAAUCUUACACUCCUGGUUAAUAAAAAUGCUUAAUAAUCCUGUUUUCUUAUGGAAAGCUUUGGGUGUUCCAAUUCGCCAAUGGAAAAUGCUUCUUAGUGAAGGCACGGCAUAUCAAUAUAUAUGUGAUACUUUCGAUGGUGUAGUUUCUAACUACAAACUUGCAAAUGAUGGAUAUUUUUAUUUCCUUUGCUUUAUGUUACACUAUAGUUUUGAAUCAUGUCCAUCAUAUUUAACGCAGUCCGGUUUUGAUAAGUUAAAGAGUGGUGCUUUAGAUAGUAUUAGAAUUCAUACUAAUUAUAUUGUUGAUGCUUUGAAAGGAUUAAAAGAGGGGGAGUUGACAAGAGCUGUCUUAAUGGAUCACAUAGAUUGGUUUUCAGAAAGUGAGGCGGAGGAAGAGAUUAAACAAAUAGCAAGGGCUGUUAGGAAAGGUGGUCAAGUGUUUUGGAGAUCAAGUGCUAGGCAUCCGUGGUAUAAUAAGGUUUUCGUCAAGCAUGGCUUUGCUGUUGAGCCGAUUUGUAUCCGAGAACCUGGGUCUGGUGUGCCCCUUGACAGAAAUUCUGAAAUCCCGGUGACAUCGCUUCAAUGGAUGUGGCGUCGGCGCAGGGACACUGAAGGUG